UAGCGGUGAGCAGUGCAGUGCAAGAAGCAGAGCGGAGCUCGUAAAGAUUUUCAGAUUCCUAUCAAUGUGAAUUUUUUUAUUUAAACUAGUGUAAAAGGAAUUUGAUACAGUUUAAUUACAAAUUAAAUUGUGCCAAAGUAGCCGCAGAAAAUAGUGCAACUUAUUUCUCGUUGGUGCUAGCUUGUUUGCUUGUAUAAUUUUCGUUCUAAGCGUAAUUAUAUACUUGCAGCGAUAUGAAAGUGAAAGAAUUGCAGAAGACUGUAAAUAUUGCUUGGUCGCCGUUGCCACAGUAUCCAAUUUACUUGGCAGCGGGCAGCGCGGCGCAGCAACUCGACUCCAAUGUCAACCCAACAUUGGAAAUUUACUCAACGAAUUUUAGCGAUCCGAGCUAUGACUUGGAAUUGAAAGCGAGUUUACCCAGUCAAUACAGAUUCCAAAAGGUUAUUUGGUCUCCUACUGGUUACGAUGGCGCACACUCAAAUGGUCUCAUUGUUGGUGGCUGCGAGGGUGGUCAUGUCAUGAUUUAUUCUGCUGCCAAAAUGCUCGCUAAUGAGGAAGGACUUAUUGCACGCCAAGAUAAGCAUAGUGGUCCGGUCAGCGGUCUUGAUGUUAAUCCAUUUCAAACGAAUUUGCUCGCCUCAUGUGCCUCUGAGUCAGAGAUAUUUAUUUGGGAUCUCAACAACACAACUACUCACAUGAAUCCUGGCACUAAAACGCAACCACUCGAAGAUGUGCAAAAUGUUGCUUGGAAUCGACAGGUGCAGCACAUACUUGCCUCUGUAUUUAGCUCACGUUGUGUCAUUUGGGAUUUGCGUAAAAGCGAACAAAUCAUUAAACUUUCCGAUACACAAUCACGCGUUCGUUGGCAUGCCAUACAAUGGCAUCCAGAUGUGGCUACGCAAGUAUGGCUUGCUUCAGAAGAUGAUCAAGCGCCUGUAGUGCAGCUGUGGGAUUUACGUUACGCCACUGCGCCGGCUAAGACCAUGCAAAUACAUCAACGUGGUGUGCUUGGCAUGUCAUGGUGUCCUCGCGAUGUUGAUCUGAUGGUAUCGUGUGGCAAGGACAACCAUAUAUAUUGUUGGAAUCCAAAUACUGAAUUGCCUGAAGGCGAAAUACUUUCUGAAGUAGCAGCCACAGCCACUUGGUAUUCGGAUGUGCAAUGGUGUCCACGCAAUCCUGCAUUGGUCGCAAGUGCCAGCCUUGACGGCAAUGUCUCCAUUUACUCACUUUUCGGUGGCACACAACAGCAGGUGCAAACAUCCAAUAAAAUAGCUGACUCUUUCCCGGGUAUGGAUCAAUUAGCACAGGCACCUAUACCGCAGCAAUCUACGCAGAUAGUGUAUCAUGACCUGAAGCGGGCACCGAAAUGGAUUAAAAGGCCAUGUGGUGUAGCGUUUGGUUUCGGUGGAAAGUUAGUGCACUUUAAAGGCAAAUCGAAUCAAGUUCAAGUGUCGCAAGUAGUCACCGAACCGGAAUUAGUAGAACGCGCUAAUGUGCUCGAACGCUCUCUUAACGAAGCCAACUAUGUUGACUAUUGUCGUCAACGCGCCGAUCAAAUGACCGAUCAGAAUGGGCGCUAUUUGUGGUAUUUCAUAAAGGCCAAUUUCGAACUCAAUCCGAAGGAGGAAUUGUUGAAUUUACUCGGUUUCAACAAAGAUGACAUCGAUGGCAAAUUCGCAAAGUUCGUGAAGGAAGAUGAAACGCUACAAAAUGAUGUGGAUCAAGUGACCAAUCGGCUAGCGAAUCUGUCGCAUAGCGACUCGUCGGAAGUUGAAUGUGAUCAAAGUACUGAUGGCAGUACCGAUAUUUCGCAACCAGUGGAUAAUAACGCCAUUUUCGAUGGCAUUGCGGCCUCCCAAAAGCAGCAGCAGCUCGACAAUGAAAACUUGGCGAAGCCAGCAAAGCAAUUCAUCAUACCCAAAGGUGAACAUCCAGAUAGCCUCAUAACGGAAGCUAUUCUCACCGGUAACCUUGAGGCUGCUGUCGAACUUUGUCUUGACUCACAUCGCACCGCCGAGGCACUAAUUAUCGCCUCCACUGCAGGCAUAGACUUUCUCACUAAAAUACAUAACCGCUACUUGCAGCAGCAACGAAGCGAGCUAUCCAAUGUGAUUAGCGCAUUGGUAACACGUGAUUGGUUAGACUUUGUUAAUCGUUGCACCGUGGAUUCAUGGAAGGAAGCUUUAGUGGCUGCACUUAAACAUAGCGAUCGCAAAGUGGUUGAUAUUUGCGAGCGUUUGGGCGACCGCCUACUAGAAGAGCGUGCGCAAAGCAUUGAUUUUACACGCAAUGCUAUGCUAUGUUACGUAUGUGCGGGUAGUAUUGAUAAGUUGGUUACUGCCUGGCAUCAACUGAAGGCGCUGGAGCAUCAAAAUGAUACUUAUAAGCCAAAUACGGCUGAGCUGCAGGAAUUGGCCGAAAUCGUAAUGUUAAUGAGCAAAUCUUUGGAUCAGCAGGGUAUCGCUUUGGAGUUGAAUGGCCGUUUUGCAGACUUCAUAACAGAGUAUGGUGGUCUAUUGGUGGCGCAGGGUGCGCUUACGGCGGCCUUAGCCUACAUUUACGCCUUCGGCUCGGGUAAUAAUGACCAAAACGUAGAACUGGUGGAGCUGCGCGACCGUAUCUAUAAUACGGUCAAUUAUAGGCCAGCAGCAGCGCAAGGAAGUGGACGUUUAUCAUAUCAGCAACAGCAGCCACAAAAUAUUUACAGUCGACAGCAGCAACAGCAGCCACAAAAUUUGCCAGCAGCGCGCGGCUCAUUUUCACAUGCGUUGCCACAGACAAUGGGUGGUUAUGUAGGUACUGGUGCAACGAAUCAAUUCGCUCCUACAUCGGCUGGUAAUUGGAACACACCACCGGGCUUGUCACAGCCUGGCACCGCCGCUGCUGUUUCGCAACAACCGGUUCCAACACUUUUUAAUCCCGUUGCACCAGCCGUGCCAGCGCCAGCUGCAGCGAAACCACCACUUCCGGGCGCACCAGUGCCAGCGCAUAUAACAAAUGACGCUCUGCAUUCACAGCCGCCACGUCCAGUUAGCAAUGCCAGUUCACAGGGUGGCAGCAGCGGAAAUUUGCACUCGCGCUCUAAAUAUGUGCUCGAUCCAUCGGUGGCAUCUGCCGGUGGCUAUGGUGGUGGCGGUUAUCAACCACUAGCGCCGGCACCAGCAUUAGCACCCGCUACAAUGCCCACUUUCAAUGCAAGUUUGUUUAAUGCUCCAAUAACGGCUACACCGGGGCAGCCAAGCCUGAUGCAACCAGCGGCGCCAUUUAAUGCUGGUGCACCUUAUGGACUGAGCGGCGGCAACAACUACAAUGCGGCCUUCCCAGGAGAUAUAGGUAGUCAGCAGCAGCCGCUAUCACCACAACAACAACAACCACCGCCACCAGCACAGAACUUACACCACAAUCCAACACCGCCACCAGGCUGGAAUGACCCUCCUGCAUUGAAGUCAACACGCGCGAACAAAAAACCAGAUCCUGCAUCCGCUUCUGCGCCCAUAACUCAUCCCUUAUUUGGCGUUGAUCCAAAUCAGAACCAAAAUCAAAAUGGUUACAUGGACCCAUACAACCAAUACCAGAAUCCUGGCAUGCCUCCACCACCAACAAGCAGCAACAGUAAUCUACUAAAUCAUAUGCAAGGCGCCGGUCCAGGUGUUUACUACAAUCCAACACAAGCGCAAAACAACAACAUGCCAACACAACAAUUUCCCCAACAAAUAAACUUCCAAACAUCGGCCAUACCACAGCAGCAGCCAUGGAAUACACAAACACAAAAUAUGGGUUACACCGAACAGCCAGCGCCAGUGCAGAGAGAACCGGAACCGCCAAAAGAGAAGCCACCACUUUCAGAAGAAUAUAUAUACCUGCAAACAGUGUUGGAGGAGCUGAAAAAUCAGUGUUUGGCAGUAACUACUGAUCCGCGUACCAAACGAAAAUUCGUGGAUGUUACUAAACGUUUGGAAAACCUUUACGACUGUUUACGGGAUGACAGACUUAAUCCGGCAACAAUUACAGCUCUCAAUCAAAUAGUACAGUUCGUUCAAGUGGGCGAUUAUGCCAAUGCCUUGCAAACACAAACACAAAUCGCAUUCGGUUCGGAUUUUUCACAAUGUGCUGGCUUUAUGCCCGGCUUAAAGGUGCUCGUGCAAUCGGCGGCUGAUUUGCAAGUGUAUCUACGAUAGAUUAUCACGAAUAUGUCGCACUAGGAGAGCUAAACAUCAGUUAAAAUAAUUCCAUAAUUUUAUAAUGAUUAUGUUCAAUGGAUUAUAUCAAUUUAUGUAUUGUUUCGCAAAUAGGUUUUUUUGUCAAAAGAUGUAUUUUUUUUAUCACAUCUAUAGAUACAUAUCGACGGUCCUGUGCAAUAACGACGCAAUUCAAAAUUCAAAAAACAAAAACUGUUACUACUGUUAAGUGGCUCUUGUCUCUAAUCAUUGUCGUUAUUGCAUAGGACCAUCGAUAUGUGUGUAUGUAUUUAACAUUAAUUCUGUUUCGUGUUUCUGUUUUUUGCAAUUUGUAAUAUAUAACGGUUUUUCUUAUCGUAAAUUUAUAUAUAUACAUAAUACAUACAUAUAUAUUCGAUUGAUAUUGAAAUACUUUAACCUAUGCGUGGUGAGUACAGUAUAUAAAAUUAUUUAAAAGAAUAGAAACUAAUAAAACAA